UAUUUAAAUGCCGCUUAAGGGGCGCGGAACCGCCCGUACCGCCUGGUUUGUGAGGUCCCCUGCUCUGUCAGCCUGCACCUCGCCGACUCUCACGCCAUCGCCAUGUUCUCAGCCCGCGUCCCGCUCGCCACCAUCGACCAGCAGCAGCUUCAGCUUUCUCCCAUGAAGGGGCUGAGCCUGGCGGACAAGGAGAACACUCCCCCGUCCCUCAGCAGUGCCCGCGUCCUGGCCAGUAAGGCAGCGAGGAAGAUCUUCCAGGAGCCGGAGAACACGAAGGUACCUGCCUCCAGCGUGGAGGAUGAACCAUUGCUGAGAGAAAAUCCCCGCCGCUUUGUCGUCUUUCCUAUUGAAUACCAUGAUAUUUGGCAGAUGUAUAAGAAAGCCGAGGCUUCCUUUUGGACAGCUGAGGAGGUGGAUCUUUCCAAGGACAUUCAGCACUGGGAAGCUCUGAAGCCUGAGGAGAGAUAUUUUAUAUCACAUGUUCUGGCUUUCUUUGCCGCGAGUGAUGGCAUAGUGAAUGAAAACUUGGUGGAGCGAUUUAGCCAAGAAGUUCAGAUUACAGAAGCCCGCUGUUUCUAUGGCUUCCAAAUUGCCAUGGAAAACAUACAUUCUGAAAUGUAUAGUCUCCUUAUUGACACUUACAUUAAAGAUUCCAAGGAAAGGGAAUUUCUCUUCAACGCCAUUGAAACGAUGCCUUGUGUGAAGAAGAAGGCAGAUUGGGCCUUGCGUUGGAUUGGGGACAAAGAAGCUACCUAUGGAGAGCGUGUUGUAGCCUUUGCAGCCGUAGAAGGAAUCUUCUUUUCUGGUUCUUUUGCAUCGAUAUUCUGGCUCAAGAAACGAGGAUUAAUGCCUGGGCUCACAUUUUCCAAUGAACUUAUUAGCAGAGAUGAGGGUUUACACUGUGACUUUGCCUGUCUAAUGUUCAAACACCUACUACACAAACCUUCAGAGCAAAGAGUCAAAGAAAUAGUUAUUAAUGCUGUAAGGAUAGAACAGGAAUUCCUUACCGAGGCCUUGCCUGUGAAGCUCAUCGGAAUGAACUGUGCUUUAAUGAAGCAGUACAUUGAAUUCGUGGCAGACAGAUUAAUGCUGGAACUUGGUUUUAACAAGGUGUUCAGAGUAGAAAAUCCGUUUGACUUUAUGGAGAAUAUUUCACUAGAAGGGAAGACUAACUUCUUUGAGAAGAGAGUGGGCGAGUAUCAGAGGAUGGGAGUGAUGUCCAGCCCAACAGAGAAUUCUUUUACCUUGGAUGCUGACUUCUAAGUGAACUGAAGAUGUGCUGUUAUUUUGCUGAUUUUUUUUUUUUCUU